AUGUCUUUGGCAUCCACUCCUCAUUUUAGAGUUGGGGUUGAGCCUGCGGAAAGAGAACACGAUUCACAAGCGCAGGCCCAGGACGACUUCAAGGUGAAAGAGCAGGAUAAGUGGCUCCCAAUUGCGAAUGUGACUCGUGUUAUGAAGGCUGCCUUGCCUGAGAAUGCUAUAAUCGCAAAGGGAGCGAAAGAGUGUAUGCAGGAGUGUGUGAGUGAGUUUAUAUCAUUCAUUACCAGCGAAGCUUCAGAGAAGUGCCAGGGAGAGAAGCGCAAGACUGUUAACGGAGAAGACAUCCUAUUUGCCAUGACCUCGCUAGGAUUUGAAAACUAUGCAGAGGCUCUGAAACUCUACCUUGUGAAAUAUCGGGAAACCAAAGUAGUACCUAACCACCUCAUAGCUUCACAACCCCACCACCCAGGAGCUGCCAACACUGUGAAUGCAAAACUUGAUCCGAACGAGCAGGAUGGCGCGGCAUACGGUACGCAAAUGCCAGGAAAAAGUUUUACUGGAGAAGUCACCGUCGAAUGGAAGAUCUGGUUCGCGAUCAAUGACUCAUCGGCUACCACCACGACGACGUUCUCAUACACUAACGGGGUACCCGAUAAGCUUGACUGGGGACAGCCAAUCUGCAUACACGAGAAACUCAAGACAUUGACACUCGGAUCUGCCUCUGCAAUUCAAUUCCCACUUGAUCUCAUGUUUCCUACAACAUGCAAGGAUGAAAAAGGCGCCCUGAUACUCACCGUGAGAGACCUUAGGCCGAGGCUGCAGCCAGAACGUUUGAUGUUACUCGAUGGUGCUCCUGGUGGUAUAGGGGAGCUCUUCUUUAAAGUGAUGUCGGGUUCAGGUUGGAACAUCACAGCAGAAGAUAUCCCGCAGGCCACGGAUAAGUGGAGAGAUGAGCUGCUUAGAGCGGACUUGCACUCGUAUUGGUACCAAUUUAGCCUGGAACAUUGCGAAGACGUCAACAACAUAGAAGGUAUCUGUGAACGAUUUAUCAGGAUGUGCAUCAAGGCUUCUCCGCUCCACCCUCCCUCCUCUUAA